UGGGGUUGUGAAGUUUUCUGGACUAAAGUCGACCUUGGCAUGGCGAAUCCGGCGAUUGGGGCCUCCUUCGACCAGAAUGACAUGUCCAGCUGGUAUUUCGGCGGGCUAUCCCGACCGGAGGCCACUCGGCUAUUGCUCAGCGAGACAGAAAGCGGGGUCUUCCUGGUCAGAGACUCCAGGACGAUACACGGCGACUACGUGCUGUGCGUCAGAGAGGAUGACCGCGUCUCCCACUACAUAAUAAACCGCGUCGUCUCCGCCGACGGCUCGACGCGCUUCCGCAUCGGAGACCAGCUCUUCGCGGACAUGCCAGCUCUCCUCUCCUUCUACCGGCUCCACUACCUGGACACCACGCCGCUGGUGCGGCCGCUGCCGCAGGCCAGCGUCAAGGCGCCGCCGCAGCAGCACCAGGUGCUGGAGGUCGUGGUGGCGCGGUUUGACUUCGUUGGCAACGACCCAGACGACCUGCCCUUCAGACGCGGCGAACGUCUCAUGGUGAUUAACCGUGACGAGGAACAAUGGUGGACGGCGCGCAACAGCCAGGGCAGGACCGGCUCCAUCCCCGUACCCUACGUGCAGAGGAAUUUGGAGGCCUCGGGAGCGCCCAUAGUGACGGAGGGCAUGACACAGCUGGGCGACCCGCCCAGUCCGCCAACCAACAAUAGGAACCCGCAGAGGACCAACAUGCAGCGCAUGCUGCCGGCGCUGGCGCGCGUGCGGCAGACGCGCGUGCCCAACGCCUACGACCGCACCGCGCUGCGCCUCGAGGAGGGCGACAUCGUGCGGGUAACCCGCAUGAACAUAAACGGGCAGUGGGAGGGCGAGCUGAACGGCCGGACGGGGCACUUCCCCUUCACCUACGUGGAGUUCCUCGACGAGCCCACCAGCUAAGCGAUCCGUUCAGAUAUAUAUGCUUAACAUACUUACCGAAGAUUAAGUUGUCAUUUUACCCCUCGAUUCCGACAGACGCGAUAUUGUACAAAUUAUCUUGAUGAUUUUUUCGGCUCAUGACCUAAUCUGUUUAAAAUAAGCCUUUGUUUCUUUUAUGUAGAGCCAUCUUCGGCACGAGCCUGAGGCAUUUCUAUAGUCUGUAUCUUUAGGUAUUUAAAAAAAGGUAAACAAAAUCUACCCUCAAAUGGCUCCUUAAGGCAGUUGAGGGUAGAUGAAAACAUUACAUGAUCAAAUAAUGUAGGUUUAAAGUCAGGUCGUUCAGUGACAGAUCCAGGCGGUUUUGUAUUUGGUUGGUUAACCAAUAAAUAUUAAAACUACCCGAAAAUGUACAAAUUGUUUGUUUACCUUUUUUUAAAUACCUAAAGAUACAGACUAUAGACCGAUAGAGACCGUGCGCGUUGGAGGGUCUGCCAUCUUGUGGCCUGAAUCGGAACCAUAAACAUGCACAUUUACACGUCAUGUAUUUCCUUGUGCAUAGUAGGUUCUGCCAUCUUGUGGGCUACAUCGGAACAAUAAACAUCACAUUUACGCCUCGCGCCAAAAAUCUGACGGCUCCAGUGCUGCCUCCUAUAGUUCAUGCACGCUCCCUAUACAACCUUCAAGAAAACAGCGUACUCCCAUCUUAAAGGCCGGUAGCGCACUUACAACCCCUCUAGUGUUGCAGGUAUCUAUGGGUGGCGGUAAUCGCUUACCUCGUUUGCCUCCUCUAUCAUAAAAAAAAACAACAAUAUCGUUUAAAAAGCAACUAUUGUGAGAUUCGUGAUAGUAUUAAGGAUGAUUUUUUUUAAUACCACGACCGAGGCAAACAAGCAUACGGCCCGUCCGAUGGUAAGCAGUCACCGUAGCCUAUGGACGCCUGCAACUCCAGAGGUGUCACAUGCGCGUUGCCGACUCUAAAUUAAUUUAUAUCCAGUCCAGCGUAUUUCGGAUCGGCUUGAAUCCUUAGCGCUGCGUAGAGAUGUGGCCUCGCUAUGUAUUUUCUAUCGCAUGUAUAACGGGGAGUGCUCCGAGGAAUUGUUCGGAUCAAUCCCUGCCGCUUCUUUUCGCCAUCGCUCUACGCGACAACAAUUCUAUCCUUACCACUUAUAUGGUUGGCAGUCCUCAAUUAUGCGUUUCUCCAGAAAUUUUCCGCCUCGCAUAGCUCAACUGUGGAAUGAACUGUCGCCUGCGGUAUUUCCGAACCGAAUGCGACCUUCAAACUUUGAAGAAAAGAGCGUACUCUCAUAUUAAAGGCCGGCAACGCACUUACAACACUUGCGGGUGUUCAUGGGCGCCGCCGCCAAUUACCGCAGUAAUCGAUUACCAUCAGGCGAUCCGGUUGCUCGUUUGUCUCCUAUAUCAUUUUAAAAAAUGUAACAGCUCUUUUGGGGAACAAUCAACCGCUAUAAUUGAGGUCAUUUUUUGGAGAUAACAAAACUUCAACUUGUUCAUUAAUUUAUAAACAGGAUAAAAAAAUGGUUUUAAAUGGGCUUCUUCCCGUUAUCUUAUGACGCGGUUUAUAGCGGUAGCAUUAGUUAUCAUCAUCAUCAUAAAGGAAACAAUGCCUUUGUUUAACAGAUUAGAGGUUCAAGCUGAAGAAAUCACAUCAGAGAAUUCCAAAUACUGGGUGAUUUUGAUUUCGGGGUCGGUUAAUGGGCUUCGGGGUUAAUGUCAAAAAUUUAUUGAGAUGGUCAUACUGAACAAGGUUUCCGACAGGAACGAUAUGGAAAUCCUGAAAAAAAUAUACUCAUUUCGUUUACUUUGGGGCCUCAAGGACAUAAGAUUUAUUUUCGCGGUUUUGUGGUUAGUCCAAUGGAGAAGUUUGUUCUUUAAAUUAUGACCAUCUUAACACAUUUUUGACAUUUGGGAUCACGAUCCCAAAAUAAUCCAGUAUAAUAGCGUGCGACAACCUGACUAGCUUUGUACCGCAUGCGGUGCGUGACGCGUAGAUAUAAAUCCGUGUGUGUGUGUGACGUAAUUUGGAGACCCCUGAUUUAGACGGUACGUUGGCAAUAAUGUUCGGUUAGUAUGUUGAAAAUAUGUUCACAGUCAUUCAUGUUUUUGGCAAAUCCAUAUUUCUGAUUAUUGACAGUGGAUGAACAGCACAUUGUUAAACUAUUUGUGUGGUGUCAAUGCGAAAGAGUAAAGUGACUUUUUCCUAAAAGGCUAAAAUGCCAUAGGACAUUCAAUACAACAAAAUACCGGACUGAUUUCUGAAGGAUGUUUCGUUUCUGACUGAAAGGAUUGAGUCAAAAUGCUCACGUAAUCAUUAUUUUAGAUAUUUGCCCACCGACGGGGCAUGUGCAUGUAAUAAUUAGAUAGAUUAUGAUAAAAAUCAUAGACAAAUUAAUACUGAAACGCGUAGGUUAAGGACGCUAACCACGAAGAAUUUAGACCAUUGACCCGCCCAUUAUGCCGGCGGUCUGUGCGAGCGGGACAGCAAUAUAAAUUUGCACGUGCGAUAGAGAUAGAAGCAAGCGGGUCAAUCUACGAAAUUCUUUCUUAGCGUCCUUACUUUGGUGCAAAAUAUGCGCCAUGUUUCGUGGUUGGAUAAAAAACGUAACGAGAUGACUGCUGUCAUCUCAGCUGCGAACGAAAAGUCAUGUGGUCAUUUCAAUUUCGUCAACCAUCGCCUCCGGGAUACUUUGUCACAUGAUAGUUUAGAUGCUAUCGUAAAUUAAAUAAAUAUUCAGCCGAAAGCCAGUCAGCUGGUCACGUUAACAUGUAAAAAAAAAUGUUUUGGCCAGUCAUCGCCUCCCAAUUGAUACUCAGUCGGAUGAUAGUUUAGAUGCAAUUAUGAAGUUUUAAAAACCUUCAGCGGGUUGUAUCGCGGUGGAAAGACCGUCAGCUGGUCGCAUGAAAAUUUAUAAAUACGCGCCUGACCAUUUUAUUUCCGCAAAGUAUGCGUAUUCCGAUAGGCCUUUAUUGAAACGCCUUACAAAAUGCUACAUGCAAACUUUCAUGAUUUUGUCAUAUCAUAAAAUGUUAUGGUGCGUAUUUACAUGUUCAUGCAAACAGCUGACGGUCUUUCCCACGCGAUACAUCCGGCUGGCGAUUUUUUAAAUUAACAAUAACAUCUCAACAACCUUCGGACACAGUUCCAAUUUGGAGGCGAUGACUAAAUGCCAUUCCUCAACACCAUCGGAGUGGCAGCUGACGUCCACGAAGACAUUACACAUCGCCCUUACCACUUUACGCAUUUUCCCCCGGGAGGCUAUUGGUCAUAGAAAUAUGCUCCUGGCUCGCGGAAUGUUGCUUAUUAAAAAUUAAAAUUCGUUUAUUUCGAGUAACAUAAUGACUCAUACAUAUUAAUUUGGAACACAAGACUUAAACACUAUUCUACAAAUACGAGUACACAUGCAUUAAUACAAUAAAAUAAUACAAAAAAAAGCUUUUUAACGCUUCAGUGGUUAACACAUUGACAGUUAUCACCUACUAUAUCUCAUUGUGUUAACCACAGCGCUGCCGGGCGCAUGGAGUCCACAGCGAAAUGAAAUGUACGGGCAAAACUUGUCCGCAAUCAUUGCCAGGAGGCUGUUGGAGCUGGCGCGCACGCGUCGCACCAGAGAUGCGGCUCGCAAGCGCAUGGUAGCUUUAAAACACGCCACCUGCGCCUCCGCAAAUUUCCCUUAUGCGCCGCAGUAUCGCGGCAGUCUUAGGCACUCUUAAUUGCCAGAUUUGACAACUUAGUCGCAGAAUGUAUUGAGCCAUCUAUUUUCGGUGUCAAAUUUGCAGCCACUUAACGUGUUUUAGUAUUUCUUUGUCUAUAAUAAACUUAGUGCAUUUGACCAACCGGAGUCGCCUUUAAGAGCUCCCUCUGUCGAAAACUCUGUCAUACUUAUUGUAUGGACUGACUUUUAUCAUACCUUUGACGUGCCUCUCCCCCGCAAAAAUCGGCAGACUGUUUUGUACAGAAAAUUACAAACAAGUCGUCUCCAGUUGGUUAAAUGACCUAAACUCUGUAUCUUUAGGUAUUUAAAUAAAAGUAAAAAAAAUCUACCCUCAAAUGGCUCAUUAAGCCAGUUGAGGGUAGAUGAAAACAUUACAUGAUCAAAUAAUGUAGGUUAAAGUCGAUUGUUCAGUGACAGAUCCAGGCGGCUUUGUAUUUGGUUGGUUAACCAAUAAAUGUUAUAACUACCCGAAAAUUUACAACUUGUUUGUUUACUUAUAUUUAAAUACCUAAAGAUACAUAGUAUAAGGUAAUAGACAUCAGGUUAUGUAGAACUAUAUACAAAAUACAUAUUUUUACAUCGCAAUGUAGGUAUGUACAGUCAGCGUCAAAUACUUUGUAGCAACCAAAGUGGCCAAAUAGUUCGGUACACCAUAUAUUUAAUAUGGUGUACCGAACUAUUUGGCCACUUUGACUGCUACAAAGUAUUUGACGCUGACUGUACAAUCGUUUUUUUAGUAACACUUAAAUUGCAAACGUAUUAACGAAUUAAACACCAAUAUUUAUUAACAUUGAGAUUAUAGAAACUCAUUAUAAAUUAUAUUUUUGUCGUAACUAAAACUUACUAUUUUGAGUUAUGGCGCUGUGUUUUUAAAACUAUUUAAAUCUAAAAUUUCUAAAAAUAUCAAAUCUUAUGAUUAUAUUAUGAUCAUUUGUGUCAUUUUCAAGCAAAAUGCACCACAUUGUCGAUUGCCAUAAGGACGCUCUGAUAGGUUAUUGAUAUAAAGAUGCAAGCAAAUUUCAUCCUUAUGGUAAGCGACAAUUCGCUUACAAACGUCACAUUUGAUGUUUUUGCAUGUCGUGACAUUUUAAAUAUGGCAUUUCCUCUAAAAUGCAUUUUAAGUCUUAUUAAUAAGGCCGUAUGGUGCACUUUUGUACACGUUAAUAUUGCAUUUUGCGCUUCCCAUACUAUUUAAAAUAAAUAUACUGAGAAAAGUCGUUAUAAUUUUCAACAUAUAGAUACAUUGGUGUAAAUUUGGAACGCUGAACACGAAGAAUUUAAUACGUUGACUCGCCUGUUCCUAUCUCUAUGCCUAUAUUGCUGUCUCGCUCGCACAGUGGCGUUGGCCGCCGGCAUCAUGGGCAGGACAUCAAUAUAAUUACGCGCGUGUGGUCUGCCUGUUCCUAUGUGGCACAGGCGUGAAACAGGCGGGCAGGGGACGGGUCAAUGUGCGAAAUUAUUCGUGUUCAGUGUCGGUUUUUUUAUCUGGAAAGUAAGUUGUAUAAUGUAUGGUUGAGUUUUUUAUUUUAUUUCUAGCAACAAUGUACUGAUAUUAGCAAAGAGAAUUGAUUGUAAUAGAGGUAAAAAAAAAGUGCCCCUUAGUUUGACAUCCAAAACAGAUGGCGCCAUAAGUUUUGCGGUCACUUAAUUGACAAAAUGUAUGGAGCUGUACAGCGCCAGCGCCAUCUUUUUUUUUUUUUUUAUAUACUACGUCGGUGGCAAACAAGCAUACGGCCCGCCUGAUGGUAAGCAGCCUCCGUAGCCUAUUUACGCCUGCAACUCCAGAGGAGUUACUUGCGCGUUGCCACCCUAAACCCGCCCCCCCCCCUCAUUGAGCUCUGGCAACCUUACUCACCGGCAGGAACACAACACUAUGAGUAGGGUCUAGUGUUAUUUGGCUGCUGUUUUCUGUAAGGUGGAGGUACUUCUCCAGUUGGGCUCUGCUCUAGAUCUGGAAUGACAUCCACUGGCUGUGCCCUACUACCAGUGGCGGCGCGUCACAAAUAUUCGUAGGGAACCCGGAGCUAAUUUUGCUUUCCUUUUCUCCAUAAACCGAUCGUGAAAGUACUCAACGGGCUGAAAUUAGACAAGCCGGUGGGAAUCGAGUUCUUUGAACGAUCCGCCACUGCCUACUACACAAAGCGAGAUGACAUUCACAAUGCCCAUACCUCUCUUUUGGACGUAGUUUAAGGACGUACCCGGGUCCAUCUUGUUUGCCUGUCAAAUUUGGAGCACGAAAUAUCUUCGAUUUUACGCAUGUUACUCAAUCAAUUUAACUUUGUUAUUAGUCAAUAUAGGAAAUAUACAGUUCAGUAAGUUUGCGGCUCAGUUCAGUAUAUUUUAAGUAAGAUUAAAGUUCCACGAGGAAUUGAGUAUUUUAACAACAUACAUCGAAUCUUGGGUGUUUUUCGAUUUUUAUACCAAACUUUUAUAUACAUAUGGCAUUAUGUAAUUAGUAUAACAUGUUCUUUAAAGAAUAUUUUACCAAAGAGAAUUUGAAAUUGAGGUGGAUUGUCAAAGAAAAUUUUGUAGCCACAGUAAAUUUACAGCCAUCUUUCGACACAUGAUUAAAUCUUUUAGAACGCCAUUUGACUUGAUCCUUAUUCUAUCACUGAUAUGUGUUAAAUUUGUUAAAUUAAAAAAACGGCGCCAUAUUAUCCAUCGGCUUAAGGCAGUGGCGCCAUCGCUCGAAACGAUGCCGCCAUACUCUGUCCUUUGAUCAUAUUUAACCAAUUUAACACAUAUCAGGGAUAAAAUAAGGAUCAAAGUCAAAUGGCGUUCUAAAAGUUUUAAUCAUGUGUCGAAAGAUGGCAGUAAAUUGACUGCGGCCUACAAGGUUUUCUUUGACAAUCGACCUCUAUUUUGAGAUUCUCUUUGAUUUUACUAAACACUUUUUAAAAGUUGUGUAAUACGGAAUUGGUGUAACACAAAAAAAUAUUAGAAUAGAAGAAAAAAUAGUUUGUUUUCAUAGAAACAUAAUUCACAGACACUUUAUUUUAUCGUAAAGGCUUCCCCGUGGGAAUUCGACAACGACCAGUCAUGCGCUGUUUUCCAUCGUCGGUUUUCAGAGAUCUUGAUUAGAUCGUCGAUCUAUCUUUUUGGAGGCCUUACCCUUCGAUAUUUUCAUUCAUAUUAGGUUUUUGUUAGUUUUUAUGUCAACAAACUAUUUUUUUUUUCACCAAAUGAAUUUAGCAUAGUUGAUGUAUUUGCAAAUCCAAAUGAAUACUUGCGAAAUUUAUGGACAUAUAUUUUAUAAGAUAAUGUUGCUUGAAAAGGUUGAAUCACAGGCGUUGUUAGUAUGCAAUAAUAAACUGUAUCACUAUGGGGAAUAA